AUGGUUAAAAAAAUUAGAAGUGAUAAAAAAGAUACAACAUGUAAUCAUUGUAGUAGAAUUUUAGCAAAUCCUAAUAAACUUCAUAAGCAUUUUAAAAGAAAGAAUCCAUAUAGAAUUAAUGAAUUUACUAGUGUAAAGUAA